CACGCUUACCUGUGCGGUGACGUCAUCCUCGCCAUGCGCAGAGGAGACACUCGCAAGGAAUCCGGGCGCACUUCGACGCGAGGCCAGUGAAGCCGUUUUUGUCCCCCCUCCCACCCACCCUUUUUUUUCAUGCGUUUCCCGCUCCUGGAGUGGGGAUUUACCUGAGCGCAGGCAAGGGUUCCGAACUUGGCGUCUCACCUGCGGAAACUCCUCGCAUGAACCCGAGGCAGCGAUGAGUCGGAGAACCAGAAGAUGGAUUUUACGGGUUUUACUCUGCUUGGGGAUUGUUUACCUGAAGAUCGGCGGCUUCUCCUCGGUGGUGGCCCUGGGGGCCAGUAUCAUCUGCAACAAGAUCCCGGGCCUGGCCCCCCGCCAGCGGAUUAUCUGUCAGAGUCGGCCCGACGCGAUCAUCGUGAUCGGGGAAGGCGCGCAAAUGGCCGUCAAUGAGUGCCAGUUCCAGUUCAAACAUGGACGCUGGAACUGCUCGGCUCUGGGCGAGAGGACCGUCUUCGGAAAAGAGUUGAAAGUGGGCAGCAAAGAAGCGGCCUUUACCUAUGCCAUCAUCGCGGCCGGCGUGGCUCACGCCGUCACCGCCGCCUGCACGCAGGGGAACCUGAGCGACUGCAGCUGCGACAAAGACAAGCAGGGCUUCUACAGCAAGGACCAGGGCUGGAAGUGGGGGGGCUGCUCGGCGGACAUCGGCUACGGCCUGGUAUUCUCCAAAGUCUUCAUCGACGCCCGGGAGGUCAAACAGAACGCCAGGACGCUGAUGAACCUCCACAACAACGAGGUGGGACGCAAGGUCCUGGAGAAGAACAUGCGGCUGGAAUGCAAGUGUCACGGGGUGUCGGGCUCCUGCACCACCAAAACCUGCUGGACCACCCUCCCCAAGUUCCGCCAGCUGGGCUACAUUCUCAAGGAGAAAUACGCCCAGGCCCUGCACGUGGAGGCGGUCAAAGCCAGCCGCAACAAGCGGCCCAAGUUCCUGAAGAUCAAGAAGCCCCACUCGUACCGGAAGCCCUCCGACACGGACCUGGUGUACACGGACAAGUCGCCCAACUACUGCGAGGCGGACGCCGUGACGGGCAGCCUGGGCACGCAGGGGCGCGCCUGCAACAAGACGGCGGCGCAGCACGCCGGCGCCUGCGACCUGAUGUGCUGCGGCCGCGGCUACAACACGCACCAGUACUCCCGCGUCUGGCAGUGCAACUGCAAGUUCUUGUGGUGCUGCUCCGUCAGGUGCAACACCUGCAGCGAGAGGACCGAGGUGUACACGUGCAAGUGACCGCGUUGCGAGCGGACCCCGGCUGCACGAGGAGCUUCUACUGAGCGCUGGACACGUGGAAUAUUUAAUAACUGUCGACUAGAGAAUGGAGAAACAUUGGUAUUAAUUUAUUUGACAAGAACUACUGAUGUGGGGGUCAACAAAAAACUCAGUGUUGGGAGGGUUAGUUUGUUCAAGGGAUGAGUUUUUUUUAUUUUUAUUAUUAACUUUUGACCCGCUUGCUGUACGUCUUCCUCACAUUUGCUGCUAGUCCCGAAUUGUUUAGCGUCACAAACACUGGCACAUGUUCCACUUCAUAGAGUAUAUUUUGUAAGAGCCUAUUUUUGUAUGGAUGUCUUAUUUAUAUCUGUUGCUUAAUAUUCCACCUUCAACUGGACCUGCGCCUCUUUGGAAUGCUAUUUCUUAUCCACAAUCCUUGGGCAAGACAAGAACGCACAGGUUUUUGUUUUAUUUUAUGUGUUUUUGCAUUCUAAAUCGUAAAUAAACAGUAGCAAAAGUCAGCUAACAAUGGAGCCAAUAGGAAACUUCUAUUUUUGAGCCUGAAUAUAAUGAGGAGGAUCUACAAGUUUUAGAAAACAGACAAACACCAAGCGUCAUGUAGCACUAUUGCUAAGUGCGAAAAAAACUGUAUAAAACAAUCACCUUUACUAAAAUAAUAUAAAAAGAACAACUUAAAAUCUUGUCCAGAUGUUUACUGAUAUAUAAUAUUCACACAGACACUAAGCGUCAUGUAGCAGUAUUGCUAAGUACUAAGCAAUUACAAACGUAAUAAAACAAUCACUUACUUUACAAUGUCCGCUCUCACUGGGAUGAAGACUGAGGGGAUGUUUAUAUAUUCCCUUUUACAUCAACAAUUCAUCAUGUAGCAGUAUUGCUAAGUGGUAAACAAGAUAUACAAACAUAAUAAAACAAUCACUUACUGUCCACUGUCAUUGAGAUAAAGACGGAUGGGUUGUUUUAUAUAUUUCACUUUACAUCAACAAAUCAUCAUAGGCCUCAAGAAGGGUUAAAAAAAAAACAGAUUUUGUGGGUCUUUCUGGCCAUUUCCGGGUCUAAGUUGGAUGUCAAAGUUUACCAACUUGAUUUUUCAAUUUUUGCAUCCGAAAUCGUAAACAAACAGUAGCAAAAGUCGGCCAACAAUGGAAACUUUUAUUUUUGAGCCUGAAAAUAAUGAGGAGGAUCUACAAGUUUUAGAAACCAAACACCAAGCGUCAUGUAGCACUAUUGCUAAGUGUGAAAAAACAGUAUAAAACAAUCACUUACUGUACAAUGUCCACUCUCACUUACAGUGCAAUAUAUAAGUGUUAUAAAAGGGUAUAACAUGGAGUUAUUGUCAUAUUUUGACCAAUUUUAUUUAGAAAUAAAAUGUUGAUGCUCCUCUUAGACACACGUAAUUAAGGUGUUUUUUGAUGAUGAAUUAAAGGCAACAUCAAACAUUAUGUCACUAUUGUUCUCACCUUUACUAAAAUAAUAUAAAAAGAACAACUUAAAAUCUUGUCCAGAUCUCUACUGAUAUAUUUUAUUCACACAAACACAAAGCAUCAUGUAGCAGUAUUGCUAAGUACUAAGCAAGAUAUAUAAACAAUAUUGAAAAAGUCACUGCACAAUGUCUGCACUCACAGGGAUAAAGACUGAUGAGAUUUUUAUAUCUUCCCCUUUACAUCAACAAUUCAUCAUGUAGCAGUAGUGCUAAGAGGUAAACAAGAUAUACAAACAUAAUAAAACAAUCACUUACUGUGCAAUGUCCGCUCUCACCGGGAUGAAGACUGAUGGGAUGUUUAUAUCUUCCCCUUUACGUCAACAAAUCCUCAUAAGCCUCACAAAGGAUUAAAAAAUGUUUUUUGUGUCUUUCUGGCCAUCUCCGGGUCUUAGUUGGAGGUCAAAGGUGACCAAAUUGUUUUUUCUUUUUUUGCAUGCUAAAUCGUAAAUAAAUAGUAGCAAAAGUCAGCUAACAAUGGAGCCAAUGGGAAACUUCUAUUUUUGAGCCUGAAUAUAAUGAGGACCUACAAUUUUUCGAAAACAGACAAACACCAACCGUCAUGUAGCACUAUUGCUAACUGUGGAAAAAACAGUAUAAAACAAUCACUUACUCUUUUUUGAUGAUAAAUUAAAGGCAACAUCAAAUAUUAUGUCACGACUGGUCCCACCUUUACUAAAACAAUGUUAAAAGAACAACUUAAAGUCUUGUCCAAAGGUUUACUGACAUAAUAUUCACACAAACACAAAUCAUCAUGUAGCAGUAUUGCUAAGUGCUUAGCAAGAUAUACAAACAAAAAUAAAAAAUCACUUACUGCUCAAUGUCUGCACUCACAGGGAUAAAGACUGAUGGGCUGUUUAUAUAUUCGCUUUUACAUCAACAAUUCAUCAUGUAGCAGUAAUGCUAAGAGGUAAACAACAUAUACAAACAUAAUAAAACAAUCACUUACUGUACAAUGUCCGCUUUCACCGGGAUGAAGACAGAUGGGAUGUUUAUAUCUUCCCCUUUACAUCAACAAAUCCUCAUAGGCCUCACAAAGGAUUAAAACAUGUUUUUUGUGUCCUUCCGGCCAUCUCCGGGUCUUAGUUGGAUGUCAAAGUUGACCAAAAUGUUUUUUCUUUUUCUUCAUGCUGAAUCAUAAAUAAAUAGUAACAAAAGUCAGCUAACAAUGGAGCCAAUAGGAAACUUCCAUUUUUUAGCCUGAAUAUAAUGAGGAGGGCCUACCAUUUUUAGAAAACCGACAAACACCAAGCGUCAUGUAGCACUAUUGCUAAGUGCGGAAAAAAACAGUAUAAAACAAUCACUUACUCUACAAUGUCCACUCUCACUUACAGUGCAAUAUAUAAGUGUUAUAAAAGGGUAUAACAUGGAGUUAUUGUCAUUUUUUUACCAAUUUUAUUUAGAAAUAAAAUGAUGCUCCUCUUAGACACACGUAUUUAAGGUGUUUGGUGUUUUUUGAUGAUAAAUUAAAGGCAACAUCAAACAUUAUGUCACUAUUGUUCUCACCUUUACUAAAAUAAUAUUAAAAGAACAACUUAAAAUCUUGUCCAAAGGUUUACUGACGUAUAAUACUCACACAAACACAAAGCGUCCUGUAGCAGUAUUGCUAAGUACUAAGCAAGAUAUACAAACAAUAUAAAAAAAACACUUACUGCACAAUGUCUGCACUCACAGGGAUAAAGACUGAUGGGAUUUUUAUUUCUUCCCCUUUACAUCAACAAUUCAUCAUGUAGCAGUAGUUCUAAGAGGUAAACAACAUAUACAAACAUAAUAAAACAAUCACUUACUGUACCAUGUCCACUGUCAUUGAGAUAAAGACGGAUGGGUUGUUUUAUAUAUUCUACUUUACAUCAACAAAUCAUCAUAGGCCUCAUAAAGGGUUAAAAAAAAUAGAUUUUGUGUGUCUUUCUGUCCAUUUCCGUGUCUAAGUUGGAUGUCAAAGUUUACCAAUUUGAUUUUCCAAUUUUUGCAUGCUAAAUCGUAAACACACAGUAGCAAAAGUCGGACAACAAUGAAACCAAUAGAAAACUUCUAUUUUUGAGCCUGAACAUAAUGAGGACGAUCUACAAUUUUUUGAAAAAGACAAACACCAAGCAUCAUGUAGCACUAUUGCUAAGUGCGAAAAAACAGUAUAAAACAAUCACUUACUGUACAAUGUCCGCUCUCACUUACAGUGCAAUAUAUCCACAAAGUGUUAUAAAAGGGUAUAACAUGGAGUUUUUGUGUCAUAUUUUGACCAAUUUUAUUUAGAAAUAAAAUGUCGAUGCUCCUCUUAGACACACGUAAUUAAGGUGUUUGGUGUUUUUUGAUGAUAAAUUAAAGGCAACAUCAAACAUUAUGUCACUAUUGUUCUCACCUUUACUAAAAUAAUAUAAAAAGAACAACUUAAAAUAUUGUCCAGAUGUGUACUGAUAUAUAAUAUUCACACAAACACAAAGCGUCCUGUAGCAGUAUUGCUAAGUACUAAGCAAGAUAUAUAAACAAUAUUUAAAAAAUCACUUACUGCACAAUGUCUGCACUCACAGGGAUAAAGACUGAUGAGAUUUUUAUAUCUUCCCCUUUACAUCAACAAUUCAUCAUGUAGCAGUAGUGCUAAGAGGUAAACAACAUAUACAAACAUAACAAAACAAUCACUUACUGUACAAUGUUCGCUCUCACUGGGAUGAAGACUGAUGGGAUGUUUAUAUCUUCCCCUUUACUUCAACAAAUCCUCAUAGGCCUCACAAAGGAUUAAAACAUGUUUUUUUUGUCUUUAUGGCCAUCUCCGGGUCUUAGUUGGAUGUCAAAGUUGACCAAAUAGUUUUUUCUUUGUUUGCAUCCUAAAUCGUAAAUAAAUAGUAGCAAAAGUCAGCUAACAAUGCAGCCAAUAGGAAACUUCUAUUUUUGAGCCUGAAAUAAUGAGGGGAUCUACAAGUUUUAUAAAACAGACAAACACCAAGCGUCAUGUAGCACUAUUGCUAAGUGCGAAAAAACAGUAUAAAACAAUCACGUACUGUUUUUUGAUGAUAAAUUAAAGGCAACAUCAAACAUUAUGUCCAGACUGGUCCCACCUUUACUAAAACAAUGUUAAAGGAACAACUUAAAGUCUUGUCCAAAGGUUUACUGACAUAUAAUAUUCACACAAACACAAAGCGUCCUGUAGCAGUAUUGCUAAGUACUAAGCAAGAUAUACUAACAAUAUAAUACAAAUCACUUACUGCACAUGUCUGCACUCACAGGGAUAAAGACUGAUGAGAUUUUUAUAUAUUCCCCUUUACAUCAACAAUUCAUUAUGUCGCGGUAUUGCUAAAAGGUAAACAACAUAUACAAACAUAAUAAAACAAUCACUUACUGUACAAUGUCCGCUUUCACUGGGAUGAAGACUGAUGGGAUGUUUAUAUCUUCCCCUUUACGUCGACAAAUCCUCAUAGGCCUCACAAAGGAUUAAAACAUGUUUUUUGUGUCUUUCUGGCCAUGUCCGGGUCUUAGUUGGAUGUCAAAGUUGACCAAAUUGUUUUUUGUCUUUUUUUGCAUGCUGAAUCGUAAAUAAAUAGUAGCAAAAGUCAGCUAACAAUGGAGCCAUUACGAAACUUCUAUUUUUGAGCCUGAAUAUAAUGAGGAGGAUCUACAAGUUUAAGAAAACAGACAAACACCAAGCGUCAUGUAGCACUAUUGCUAAGUGCAAAAAAAAACUGUAUAAAACAAUCACUUACUGUUUUUUGAUGAUAAAUUAAAGGCAACAUCAAACAUUAUGUCCAGACUGGUCCCACCUUUACUAAAACAAUGUUAAAAGAACAACUUAAAGUCUUGUCCAAAGGUUUACUGACGUAUAAUAUUCACACAAACACGAAGCGUCCUGUAGCAGUAUUGCUAAGUACUAAGCAAGAUAUACAAACAAUACAAAAAAAAUCACUUAUCGCACAAUGUCUGCACUCACAGGGAUAAAGACUGAUGAGAUUUUUAUAUCUUCCCUUUUACAUCAACAAUUCAUUAUGUAGCAGUAUUGCUAAGAGGUAAACAACAUAUACAAACAUAAUAAAACAAUCACUUACUGUGCAAUGUCCGCUCUAACUGGGAUUAAGACUGAUGGGAUGUUUAUAUCUUCCCCUUUACUUCAACAAAUCCUCAUAGGCCUCACAAAGGAUUAAAACAUGCUUUUUUUGUGUCUUUCUGGCCAUCUCCGGGUCUAAGUUGGAUGUCAAAGUUGAACAACUUGUUUUUACUUUUUUUGCUUACAAAAAUAUAAAUAAACAGUAGCAAAAGUUGGCUAACAUUGGAGCCAAUAGGAAACUUUUAUUUUUGAGCUUGAAGGUAAUGAGGAGGAUCUACAAGUUUUAGAAAACAGACAAACACCAAGCGUCAUGUAGCACUAUUGCUAAGUGCGAAAAAACAGUAUAAAACAAUCACUUACUGUAAAAUGUCCGCUCUCACUUACAGUGCAAUAUAUCCACUAAGUGUUAGAAAAGGGUAUAACAUGGAGUUAUUGUGUCAUAUUUAGACACAUUUUAUUUAGAAAUAAAAUGUCGAUGCUCCUGUUUGAUGUUUUUUGAUGAUAAAUUAAAGGCAACAUCAAACAUUAUGUCACUAUUUUCUCACCUGUACUUAAAUAAUAUAGAAAGAACAACUUAAAGUCUUGUCCAAAGGUUUACUGACAUAUAAUAUUCACACAAACUCAAAGCGUCCUGUAGCAGUAUUGCUAAGUAUUAAGCAAGAUAUACAAACAAUAUAAAUAAUCACUUACUGCACAAUGUCUGCACUCACAUGGAUAAAGACUGAUGAGAUUUUUAUAUCUUCCCUUUUACAUCAACAAUUCAUCAUGUAGCAGUAUUUCUAAGAGGUAAACAACAUAUACAAACAUAAUAAAACAAUCACUUACUGUUCAAUGUCCGCUCUAACUGGGAUGAAGACUGAUGGGAUGUUUAUAUCUUCCCCUUUACUUCAACAAAUUCUAAUAGGCCUCACAAAGGAUUAAAAAAAAUUGUUUGUGUCUUUUUUUGCAUGCUAAAUCGCAAAUUAAUAGUAAAAAAAAGUCAGCUAACAAUGGAGCCAAUAGGAAACUUCCAUUUUUGAGCCUGAAUAGAAUGAGGAGGACAUACAAGUUUUAGAAAACAGACAAACACCAAGCGUCAUGUAGCACUAUUGCUAAGUGCGAAAAAACAGUAUAAAACAAUCACGUACUGUACAAUGUCCACUCUCACUUACAGUGCAAUAUAUCCACAAAGUGUUAUAAAAGGGUAUAACAUAGAGUUAUUGUCAUAUUUUGACCAAUUUUAUUUAGAAAUAAAAUGUCGAUGCUCCUCUUAGACACACGUAAUUAAGGUGUUUGGUGUUUUUUGAUGAUAAAUUAAAGGCAACAUCAAACAUUAUGUCACUAUUGUUCUCACCUUUACUAAAAUAAUAUAAAAAGAACAACUUAAAAUAUUGUCCAGAUGUUUACUGAUAUAUAAUAUUCACACAAACUCAAAGCGUCAUGUAGCAGUAUUGCUAAGUACUAAACAAGAUAUAUAAACAAUAUUUUUUAAAUCACUUACUGCACAAUGUCUGCACUCACAGGGAUAAAGACUGAUGAGAUUUUUAUAUCUUCCCCUUAACAUCAACAAUUCAUCAUGUAGCAGUAUUGCUAAGUGGUAAACAAGAUAUACAAACAUAAUAAAACAAUCACUUACUGUGCAACGUCCGCUCUCACUGGGAUGAAGACUGAUGGGAUGUUUAUAUCUUCCCCUUUACUUCAACAAAUCCUCAUAGGCCUCACAAAGGAUUAAAAAAAUGUUUUUUUUGAGUCUUUUUGGCCAUCUCCGGGUCUUAGUUGGAUGUAGAAGUUCACCAAAUUGUUUUUUUCUUUUUUUGCAUGCUAAAUCGUAAAUAAAUAGUAGCAAAAGUCAGCUAACAAUGGAGCCAAUAGGAAACUUCUAUUUUUGAGCCUGAACGUAAUGAGGAGGAUCUACAAUUUUAGAAACAGACAAACACUGAGCGUCUUGUAGCACUAUUGCUAAGUGCGAAAAAACUGUAUAAAACAUUCACUUACUGUACAAUGUCCGCUCUCACUUACAGUGCAAUAUAUCCACUAAGUGUUAUAAAAGGGUAUAACAUGGAGUUUUUGUGUCAUAUUUUGACCAAUUUUAUUGAGAAAUAAAAUGUCGAUUCUCCUCUUAGACACACGUAAUUAAGGUGUUUGAUGUUUUUUGAUGAUAAAUUAAAGGCAACAUCAAACAUUAUGUCACUAUUCUCACCUUUACUAAAAUAAUAUAAAAAGAACAACUUAAAGUCUUGUCCAGAUGUUUACUGACAGAUAAUAUUCACACAAACACUAAGCGACGUGUAGCAGUAUUGCAAAGUGCUAAGCAAGAUAUACAAACAAUAUAAAAAUUCACAGGGAUAAAGACUGAUGGGAUGUUGUUUAUAUCUUCCCCUUUACAUCAACAAUUCAUCAUGUCGCAGUAUUGCUAAGUGGUAAACAUGAUAAAACAAUCACUUACUGUACCAUGUCCACUGUCAUUGGGAUAAGACUGAUGGGAUGUUUUAUAUAUUCCCUUGUACAUCAACAAGCCAUUAUAGCCUCACAAAUGGUUAAAAAAAGGGUUUUUUCAUGGCUUUCUGGUUUUAAAUUGAAUGUCAAAGUUGACCAACUUGUGGGUAUACGUCCACAGCAUUCUACUAUCCAGGUGGGGGGCAUGAUUUAUCAUCGAGAAUUAACUUUCACCAACUCAGAGGCGAUGCAGCAGCUCAAUAUGUCAAUAUAGCAGCAUAAUCUAAAAGUAGUUCCUCUGUGUUAGCACUUAUAAUAACAAUAUUGCUAAUACUUUUUAAUAUUCAGGUGACUAUAUGUAAAUAGGGUGUUGUUGGUUUAAUUAAUUGAUUGAAACUUUUAUUAGUAGAUUGCACAGUUCCUUACAAUUGACCACUAAAUGGUAACACCCGAAUACGUUUUUCAACUUGUUUAAGUCGGGGUCCACUUUAAUCAAGUCAUGGCACUUUUUGGAUGUUAUUUUGGGGGGCACAAUAGUGUACUACGAAUAGCUGCAUUGUUAACCACUUCAAAUUGCUGUAUUUUACGAUUUAAAAUGCACAAAAAAAGGAAAAACACAUGUGUUCUUGUCCUGAAGAUUCUGAAUGAUAAACAACAUUAAGAAAAAAAAGUGCAGUUCCUCUUCAAGCUCUGACCUCUUGUCUGUAAAGAACAAAUGCAAGCUGAUGUACGAUAUGUUAGUUUGCUGUCACUGCCACCGAUGUGUAGUGUAAGUACUUGGGUGUGUGUUGUUUACUGCGUUUCAUGACUGCUGGAAUACAGGAACACAAUAACAACAAA